CUUUUGUUACUCAUAGAAUAAAAUCGAGGGUUAAAAUCGGAAUUGCAAGUGCAUAACUCAGGUUGUCAGUGUCAACUUAAAUCAAAUAAGUGUCUUUAAUAAAAAUCCAGCCUCUAUUUAAGAUUAACUCUUAAAAAACUAUAAAAAAAAAUUAUUUCAACAUAUUUAUAAAUCUAAAAUCUAAAAUCUAAUCCAGUACUUUGACGUUUAGUCAUGUUGUCGUCAUCCGUGUUUCCGAUAAGGAUGAUAACAAAACUCUAUUGAUUAUUAAUCAUCACAAUUUAAAAUAACAAUUGAUAAUUAAAAUAUUAUUUUAAAUAAGAUAGCACUUGUGGAAUAUAAAUUUAAUUUUAAGUCCUGAAUUAUUUUAUUAACAUUUGGAUUACCGUUUGGAUUUUUCUUUGUGCUCGGCGACUGGUUUAAAAAGGAUAAAAAAAAUAAGGAGAUUUAUUCUUUAAAAGGCAGUUACAAAAAUAGUGUUUUAGCACAUCAUCAUCAUCGUCACUAUUAAAUCAUUUAUUCAGAUGUCCAGAUAUUUUUUUGACAUAACCGGGAUGGCGUCAAGUUCAGUAAGCCAAGAAGACUUUGACAACGAUUAUGAAUUGACGUCACGUCGCCCAAGAAUCAGGACAGCUAGAGCACGUGCCAUUCCACCUGCAAGAGCGACUGCUGUGUCAACUUCUUCUACCGCUAAUGAAAUCAUAACCUUAAAUUUCCAAAAAAACCCAGUAGACGACGAACCAGGAAUUUGUGACUCUGGAUCAACAAUUAUGCCAGGUGAUCAUGACACACAGCAAAAUAACAAGCCUAUAAUGCGCAAACAAGACAAACGAAUUACUAACCGGCCGAUUCAUAUCAACAAAGGAAAGCAACAACGGGAUAGGCGAAAACUACGCGAAAAGCGGCGAAGUACCGGCGUCGUCCACUUGCCGUCAACAGAGAGUACUGGAGGUAGUACUGGAGAAGAUGAGGAAGAGCUUGUUGGCACAUGUGUCGAAACUAAAAACAAUACCCAGCAUAAUGAAUUUCUUGAACAUGAACUUGUUGAAGAAAGAACAGCUAAAGUUUACACACAACGAAGAAAUAAAAGUCAUUCGGAUCUUGAAGCUGAUGAUGAAGAAUUUGACUCACUAAACCAGUCUGACAGCGUUAAUCAAUCAGACCACGGUCACCACAGUCAUCAUGCAAAUCAAUUAAAUUCUAUGAAUCGUGAUCAUAUACCAACACCUACUGAUGACAAUCCUCAAGACUUACUAGAACGUGCACAAAAAGAAAACAGACGGCUCAUAACGCUCCUGGAGAACCAAGACCAGAAAAUAAUGGCCCUGGAAGCUCAACUUCUUCAGCAGCAACGCGAAAUGGCGAUCGAGCGCGACAGACUGCGCGACGAGAACGCAGCGCUCAUUCGCGCAAUGGCCGCUCUGGCUAGUAAUUAAUUUUUUUUAAACAUAUAUUUCGCCUAAAUUUUUAUCAACUAUCGACUACAUUCAACGUAAUUGUAAUUAGUUACUUACUUACUUAUUUUAGAAUAAUUUCCUAGAUUUUAUUAUUUUUUGAUUCUUCUUUUGUACUCUAGCUUAAUUAUAUAUUCUUAUAUUUCGAUAAAUAUGCUUAUAGAUAUGUUAUGUUAGUAUUCAUAAAUAAAUAAAUAAAAUUUAAUUGUA